AUGGAAACAAAGAAACGCCUGUCCUUGGACGGGCCCAGCUCCGGUGGAGGACCUUCAGCCCUACGGCGUCUCACUCGGAGUCCGAAUCAUCGCUUGAGCUUGAGGCGAUCCAGCUCCUCAUCUUCCAGGUCUGUUGUGUCGGUGGCAUCGGACGAUAGUGAAGCAUCGACAUCGUCGACCUCGACCUCUUGUGUUAACCGUGACACUGCCCAAGAUGAAUGCGCCCUAUACCGCUUCAUCGUCUGGGCCGCCGUCAAGCGCAAUGCCUGCGACAAGAUGACCCCCGACGAGAAGAGAGAAUGCCCCAUGCUGCGAUGCCGGAAACGCUUCCCAAACCAUGAGCUCAUGCUCCAGCAUCUGUACAUCUGCGACCAGCUCGCCGUCGGUGAGUACUGGUGCUACGACUGCGGAAAGGUCGAGCGUUUCAGCGAUGCCAAGUGCAAGCGCUGCCUGGGCCACCCCUCAAGGAGGAGGAAGAUCAUGUCCAUGGCCAAGAACUUCUUCAGCUCCCUCGGCCACAAGAACAAAACCUCCUCUCUCAUGGGCCUGGACCUUGACAUUGAUGACGCCCCUCCCAGUUACGAUUCCCUCCUGGAGGACCCUGCCCAGCCGUCGCAGUUCGAGCUGUUUUCCACCGAGAUCCACGAAAUCGACUCAUGCGAGAUAUCGCUGCCUACUAUCCUGGAGGAUGCCGACGAGGCAGAGUCCGGUCCCGCCCCGGCACCAACACCCAUAGUGUCACCGCUGCCUAUCGAGCCUCUCCCCGUCCGCCCCGUGGAACUACCGUCCGCCCCGAUCCUCGCUGAGUCCUUCCUUGACUGGUCCCCGCUGCCUGACACCGUGGCCCCCAGGAACCUCAUCAAUCAAGAAGGCAUCACCAACCAGGACCGCCCCGUCCUCCAAGUCCACACCCAUGACUUGGAGCAGUACAGGGCCCAGGCAAAGAAGCGGAGCAAGAUGCUCGCCCCGAGCUCUUCGGUCCGGUCGAACGCCAGCACAAACAGCACCAACAGCACCAACAGCACCUCGAGCACCGCCAGCUACAACAUCUCGCCCAUGUCCGCCUGGUCUGGUCCCUGGGCUAAGGUUGCGGGGUUUGAGUCUACCUUGACUUCGCCUGCUGACGAUCUGAACAGCCCUGGUGGCCUACUCCGCAGCAACUCCUUCCUCAUCCCGGACAAGCCUUCCAAGGGCCACGGUUGGGACGACUGUGGCAAUGCUGCGUCCAAUUCCUUCUUCUCGGAGCUCCCGGCCGACAUCCCUAUGAUGGACACUGUGCCCACCGCAGACACUCUUCAAAACUCCCUGGGACUUGACCAGUCCGUCUUCUCCUUUGAUACCUCAGGGUCUGUCGACCUCUCCCUCAGGUCCAAUCUGGUGUUGACUGAUGACUCAUCGAUGCCGCCGCCAAUGCCUCAGAUUUCCAUCACCGAGCCUGUUGUUGGCUACUACGCCUAUGCUAACCCGAGGUCUCUUAUCGGUACGGCCUGGGAUGCCUUGGAGAUGCACGUCGUCGAGUCCAUGGACAAGUUACAGCGGAUGAACAAGAACCACCUUGUCAAUCAACUGCGGAGCAUGUCGGCGCACUCGAUAGCAAUGAGCGGGCUAGAAGCGCUCGGUGAUGUCCUCGACGGGUGUCGGCCUGCCACACCUGUGAAGCUGCUGUGUUUUGUCCAUGUGAUCUACUCCUUCUCUCUUGUUGUUCACGAGCAAGAUGCGCCCAGUCGAUGGACCGAUCUCUUUGGUCAAGCCAUGUCAUACAGCACCUGGUUCUCCCGCCAAGAUCGCCAACUCUACAUCCAAAUCGUCGAUGCCCUAUGGAAACCUGCGGGCAUGACCGAGACAGAUGUAGUCAACCUCGUCCGGGCCAAGGGCUCCUCCUCAAUAUCGCGCUCGUUGAGUCUAAAGGGCAAAGAACCCGAAUCAGUUGCCGCAACCCAGUCUAGCAAAGAUUCGCUGGUGAUUGUUGCGCAGUAUUUCCUCGACCAACUGGAGUACUCGGCGAUCCACACGAUAGACGAACCCGAGAUUCAAACAUCGGAACUGUGCAUGCAACAUCUUGGAGAUACUACCCUAAACAUGACCAGUGAUUCGCCCCUGGCGAUUGCGGUCAAUUUCAUGCUCAAGUAUGGAUUCCAAGAGUACACUGCCGAUUCCCCAAGUUUCUUGGCCAGUUUGGACGAUAUUCUGCAACGUGUGGUCUCGAACUAUGUGUCAACCUCGCGCGGUCUUGAACUGGAGUUGAUGCACGCUGGAAAGAUGUGUUUGCCCUCAGAUGUCUACUUUGACAGUUUUAUUUCAUGUGUUCGAAUGCACAUGGAUUCGCUAUACGCACAGAACAUACCGAAUAUUUCCCAAAGGACCAUCUACUACCGCCAUGGUGUCAAACUUAUCGAGGCAAUCAUUGGUGCAUCUCAAGUACUACAAGAUCAAUCAGUGGAUGUGACAAGAACACCGGCACUAGAUUCACUUGAUGAUGUUAUCGAAGCUAUGACUCCUCACAACAUCGAUGGCUUUGACUUUAACCUAGUUGGGAGGUUCGAUGUUGACCCGCAGAUCGGCUUCUCAGGUGCGAUGACCAUUGACCCUGGCGCAUUGGGCAACCCUCAGCUGCUUCCGACUCCCGAAGGGACUGUGUCGGUGGGCGGCCCAUCAACGGUGGCCACGUCUCCGCCAUCACCAGUCCCAGCCUCGGCAGCGACCAAGACAGAGUCCAACAGCUGCUGUGAGCUAUGUGGUUACCGGCCAAAGGGUGAUCCUCGAUGGUUUGGAGGUAGCAUGGCAAAGCAUAAGAAGCUACAGCACGCCACGACCCCGCCCAAAAUCUACCGUUGCCUGUACCCCGGAUGCACGAGCCAGUACAAGAACCGGCCGGAUAACCUACGACAGCAUCAAAUAGAGAAGAAGCAUUUCACGGACGGUCAGGAGGGCAGUCAACGGCCGAGCAAGCGGAAGAAGGUUGAUUGA